CUUCCCCGGCUCCCGGCUCGGCUCGGCGCCCGCCCCUGCUCCGCGCCCGGCUCGGCGCCGCUCCGCUCCGCCCCCGGCUCGGCUCGGAGCGCGGGCAGCCCCGCGGCCCCGCUGCAGUCCCGCUCCGGCAUGCCCCUCGCCGGAGCAGCGCCGGGACCCCGCCGCCUCCAGCCGCGCUCCGCCGGGCUCCGCCGCUCGCCGCGCGCCGGCAUGAAGCGCCCGGCGCCGGGCAGCCGCCGCUGAGGAGCCAGAGCGGCGGCGGCAGCAGCGGGACCCCCGCCCGCACCCCCCGCCCCCGCCCCGCUCCAUGGGGCAGCGCUGAGCCCCCACCCCGCCCGCCGCGCCCCCCGCGCCGCGCCCCCGCCUCGCCCCUCGCCAUGGGGCCGCGGCACCUGCUGCUGCCGCUGCUCCUGCUGUCCCUGCAGCUCCUGGCCCUGCUGCUGCUGCUGCCCGCGCAGGCGGCCGGGCCCCCCCGCGCCAAGGGCAACCGGACCCAGGGGGCGGCGGCGCCGCGGCGGACCCCCAAGCCGGGCAAGGAGCUCCUGAACCAGACGCUGGCGGGCCCGGGGGCCGCCGCCCCCACGGCGCUGCCCGGGCGCGGCAAGGGCGCGGGGGGCGGCAAGGCAGCCCCCGGAGGCGGGGGCGGCGGCGGGGGCUCGGCCCCGGCGCACGAAACCUGCUGGGGGUACUACGACGUGAGCGGGCAGUGGGACAAGGAGUUCGAGUGCAACAACAGCCUGACGGGCUUCCGCUACUGCUGCGGCACCUGCUUCUACCGCUUCUGCUGCAACAAGCGCGCCGAGAAGCUCAACCAGAGCCUGUGCCGCAACUACAAGAGCCCCGAGUGGGCCCACCCCACCACGGCCAGCGGCGCCCUGCCCGCCGACGGCGGCGACGGGGGCGACGGGGACGCCAACAAGUACGACCCGGACAAGGACAGCACCAACGCCACCGUCUACAUCUCGUGCGGGGCCAUCGCCUUCGUGCUCAUCGCCGGCGUCUUUGCCAAGGUGGCCUACGACAAGGCGCGGCGCCCGCCCCGGGAGAUGAACAUUCACAGGGCUCUGGCCGACAUCCUAAGGCAGCAGGGACCAAUCCCAAUCGGACACUGUGAAAGAGAGACAAUCUCGGCCAUAGAUACCUCCCCCAAAGAAAACACCCCAGUCAGGAGCUCUUCCAAGAACCACUACACCCCCGUGCGCACCUCCAAGAGCAACCCAGGUCACUAUGGAAAGGAUAUUUAUCGCAGCGGAGGGCCAGAUCUCCACAAUUUCAUCUCCUCCGGGUUUGUCACGUUAGGAAGAGGACACACGAAGGAUGACCAAGAACAAAAUUAUAAUCACCUGAUACUAAACGGUGACAACCAGACACCUACACAUGACAAGCCACGAAUGAACAACAUCCUCACUUCAGCCACCGAGCCCUACGACCUGUCCUUCUCCCGCUCCUUCCAGAACCUCUCCCACCUCCCGCCCUCCUACGAGUCUGCUGUCAAGACCAACCCGAGUAAAUAUUCAUCUCUGAAGAGACUCACUGACAAAGAGGCUGACGAGUACUACAUGAGGAGGAGACACCUGCCCGACCUGGCAGCCCGGGGCACGCUGCCCAUCAACGUCAUCAAAAUGUCCCAGCAGGGCAACCACCGGGACAGGCCCCGCCGUCCCAUCAGGGCCAUGUCCCAGGACAGAGUGCUGUCCCCCGAGAGGAUCAUGCCCGAGGAGUUCAGCAUGUCCUACGAGCGGAUUCUCUCAGACGAGCAGCUGCUGUCAGCAGAGCGCCUGCACUCCCAGGACCCGCUGCUGUCCCCGGAGCGGUCGGGCUACCCCGAGCAGUCCAUGUCGAGGGCAUUGUCACACACAGAUGUCUUUGUGUCAACACCGGUCUUGGAUCGCUACAGGAUGUCAAAAAUGCACUCCCAUCCCAGUGCCUCAAAUAACUUGUACAAUACCUUGAGUAUGAACCCGACCUCGGCCAAGCGCCAAGCGUUCGCCUCGCGCCGGCACAACACGGUGGAGCAGCUGCAUUACAUCCCCGGGCACCACCACCACUACCGCACCGCCAGCAAAACAGAGGUGACUGUUUGACACGACCCAGUGCAUUGUAGAUACUCCUUAAGGACUGGGGUGGCCACAGCACCCCGUUCUGCAGUGGCCUUAUAGGCCAAGAUAACCUCUACUAACUCAGUGUCUGCAAAGACUUCUCUGGCAGUCCCACCCACGUUGUUUUUAAAGCCACCCCUUCAUCAGUGACACAGGAAGAACUGAAGCAGCAGUCAGACACUAGUGAGGGAUAACAGAGGAAAUUUCCUGAUGUGCAUCAGUUUCUGUCAAAGAAAGCCAUAGUAAUCGAUGGCUCCUUCCAAGGGCUCACCUGCAUUAUCCCAUAGUUCCCAUGAAUUCAGGACUUUUCAGUUGCUCCAAGGAGAAGCAGCCUGAGACAGGGAGGAGGAAAUGCAGCCCCCCCACCCUGGCAGAAAGGGGCCUCACUCUUGGUCCUCGUGUUUGGCCUUUCUGUAGCAAGUAGGGAAGUCCUGGCUGCUGGGGCCACCCCCAGGCUGCUCGACACCCUCAGCACCCACACAUCUGUUCUUUGUCACCCUUGGAGCAAAUUCAAGGGCAGACUUUCCUUCGGGACUGGCAGAUCUAGGGACAGGAAUAGCCUGGCUGAGAAAUAAAGUUUUAGUUUAUACUAAAUAUACUCAUAAGAUAAAAACAUACUAGUGCCUACAAAUCGCCUGCUCUCUCAGUGUAGGAAGUAGUGGGGUUGAUGUGUUCAAUAAGCACAAAUAUGCUGAAAUGCUUGUUAGACCCUUUUCUCCACUCAUUCUAGUAUCUUGGUGUCUCCAACAUGUAAAUAGGAAGGAGGAAGAGGGUUUCUCUUCCUCCAGCUUCUCGCCACUGCUGAACCUAAAGCACCAGAACCCGUUCAGCUCCACACUGCUGACCUGUGCUGGGGGAGGUCCCGACCCCACCGAGACCCCCGCGAGGCCAGGCUCCACGCCUGUCACCGAGCCUGGAUUUCUCUCCAGAGGUUUCUUUUCCUGAUAGCAUUUUCCAUGGCCCAGUUCCCCUGUUUCUGAACGUUUUCUCCUCCCAUUUACAGCCUAGAACUCCAUAUGUAGCAAAUCUUUUUCCAGCCCUUAGCAGAGGCACAAGGCUGAGGGUGUGUGUUUACCGAAAAGCAGGUCGGUAACUUUCCGUGGUUUUCUCUCCCUGCAAUGGCCUCCCAAGAAAACCUUCCAAAUUCCAAUUCCACUGAGUCCUAAUCCUAACCAUGAAGACAGUUACAUUUCAUGCAUAUAAAUUAUAUAUCCAGCAUAAUUAUAAUUAAUGGGCAUGUUGUAUAUCUGAUAUAACGCUAAUUAGAUUCUGUAUAUUUGUAAAAUCUUUAAAACAUAGACUCGUGGGUCCAGAAUUUGCGAGGGUUUUACCUUUGGCUUUCCAGACAGAUUGGGCUUUGCUUUGGUUUUUUUUGUUAGAUUUGGGUUUGGUUUUUCUUUUCUUUCUUUUAUUUCCCCCUUUUAAUUAUUAUUUUGUUCCUACCAAAUUCUGUAGAACUAACUCCCACUGGAACACACUUCUGUGGUCAGGAAAGGGUCUCAGAGGGUUUGAAGGUCAGCCAGAUCUGAUGCUGGAGCUGUGGGUGCUGGAGACUGACCCCAGAGUGCCCUCAAGGCCCCAGCACAUGCACACCCACCGUGGUCAGGGCAGGCACACUCCCUCCUCAGGGUGAGGUGAAAACUGACUUCAGGCUGUGAGCGCAUCCCUUGCACUUCUCUUUGUCCCCACAGCAACACUUUUCCUACAUGGCUCUUCAUUAGGCAUCCCUGAACUCUGCUCUGCCCUCCUCCCUCCCCUCAAAUACCUCCCACCUCCUGGCCUUAAUGACAUUCCCAGCCCAACUGUGCCAAGUCCUGUAGCAAAUAAUGAUCGUGGGGCGUGAGUCUCCUGUGGAGGCUUUGGUGCAGCACCAGGUUUGUCUGGUGCAGGGCAGGCAGGAGGAGCAGGUCCUUACCCCAGUGGGACUUACAGGUGGGCCUCAGUGGGGUGUCCAGGUGGCCUUUCUCUUUCCCAGGCUGUCCUGGAGCUGGUUCUAUUUCCAGAGCUUUAUCCUGCCCCACCUGAUGGAGACUGUGUUGAGAAGGACUCCAUCAGUCAGAGGUUACUGGGGCUUUGUUUGACGGAAACUGAGCUGGGAGGGAAUCAAUAAAUAAAGAACAGUCUCCAGGGUCAGAUCCUGCAGCCUUGGGCAAAAUCACUCUGGGCAACAACCAGAACUGUCUGUGGAUCAGGGUGGCAGUCCAUGGCACGGGAGGGAUGGGAGAGAACAGGCUCACAGCUCGUCUCCUGCCCCCUCCCUUGAUGGGCACUACUCUCCCCUGACUACCUCCAAGCUCCUCGGCUCAGUCCCUGGAUUUUUCCUCCCGGAAGACAAUCCCUGUGAAAACAUUGCCCUGCCGACCUUCCCACAGGCCAGAGCGUGGGACUCGUGUGAAGAGAAGAGGAACUCUCAUGGAUGAUGGGGAGGCAGCCCCUGCUGAGGUUCUGGGGCUCUUCCACUCUCUCUUGGCUCAAGCAAAGCCAGGGAGAUCUGAACACUGUGGGGAGCAAAGUCCACUGUAGAGCCUCCAGGAGCUGUGGUGGCAGAGUUGGAGAAGAGGUGACGGUGGGAGGCUGUGGGUAGGUGAACACUCUUUCCAUGUCCAUAGCUGUCUGUCUCAAGCUCUAGUCCUCAUCUAAAUGUUCUAUUUGUGAGCUAAGAAGUUGCUGGACCAGAUGCAAAUAUGGAAAUUUUUCAUUCUAACAGCCCGUGCUGAUGCUGAGCUGGGCCAUUUGACCUCUGUGUCUUCCCCUUUUCUGGCUAACAAAUAUCACAGGGCCUCUGCUGACGUGUCUUACCUGGGCAAGAUUCCUCCAGAGAAAUCUCAGCCUCAUUUCCUUGUCUUUUUUCCACCCACUCAACUGUUUCAAGCAGAUGUGUCCCACAAGGAGUCUUUUUAGGCCAAAUCUCUUCAGGGACUCUGCCACCACCACAGAAAAUUUUCAGCAAAUUUCCUCGGGAAGGAACCGUGCCCUGGAUACCUCCAUGCAUUCCCACAGCUCACUCUGUGUGCUGGAAUGGGUUGGUGGAUGGGGCAGUGGCACUUCAGCACACACAGGUGUCCUUAGGUCAUUUUCCUCCCUCAUUCCUCCUUCUGAGAUUUUGUCACUGAAAGAACACUUGGUCUGGGACCGAGUGUCAUGACCCACAGCCUGGUCCCCAGCACUUCAGUUCCCCGUGGUCCUCAUGUGAUGAUAAUGGGAAUUUCCAGCUCUGUGGAGGGAUCAGACCGCAAGGUCUGUGAAGUGCUUUGAGACCCUCUCACAACAAGAACUGUAGAGCAGCAAAGUGUUUUUGUUUAUCUUGUUUGUCAUUGUCCUGACACAUGGCGUGUGAUGUGCCACAGUCCACCCUGCCCAGGAGGGGAGUGCUGGGCUGGGAUUGCCCAGAUUCCCACUGCUCUCCUCCUGGUCAGGGUCCUGGCAGGCUGCAGCUCCAAGGGAUGCUGCUCCCUGCCCUGGACCUUCCUGCUUCCUUCUCCUCGUGUCUGAGUCACCACAACAUCCUGCACUCAGGAGAAAAGAGGGAAGCAGCCACAUUCCUCUGUACAGAAAAAUACAACCUGCCUUGAUUAAUCUCAUAUACUCUGAAGAAUUGAUCUGUAUUUUCUCCACCCACAGGUGCAAACAAACACCUGGGGAGUGUCCAGUUCCCAGAGUGCAUGUGCAGGGACUGGGGAAGGGGGAUGUAGAAAAGUUUAUAGUAUUUCCUACAAGCUGAUAAUAAUUUUCAUUCCCUGAGCAGCAACACGUCCUGGAUGGCUGCACUGGGUUUUAUACAAUUCUCUGUGUAUGUGUAUAUAGAUACAAAUACAUAUAUAUAUAUACAUACAUACUGUAAAAUGCAAUCAACACGUUCUGACUGACCCUGUACCAACUGAAGCUUCCAAACUGUGUUGAAUCAUUCUUUGAAAUGUGGAAAACUAUUUUUAAUGAACCACACACAGCACCACAUGGAACAGAAACUUUGUCAUAAAAAGCCUUCUAAUGCCAGUGAAUCGUGUUUUAAGGAAAAAAAAAAAAAGAAAUAUUUUUCAAUGUUUUAAUGUUCCUUUUAUAAAUGAUGAUCUGUUACUUGGGGAUGGGGGUGGGUGGGAAGAAACAGAGACAGUUGUCCGGGACUAAGCCCUCCUUCCCUGGCCUGGAUUUAAUUUCUGUCUGCUGAGCCUGGCUGGCUGCAAAGCUGCUCCCAGGAACCUGAGCUUCCCACAUGCACAUUUCCGUUCUGUCAGAAGCAUUCCCACCAGGAAUCUGCAGGAGCUUGGCAUCAGGUUUUUGUAGUUCCUGAUAGCUGGGAAGACAUCCUCAUCUUGUUCCACCACCACAAACAAAAUUGCCAUGGAACAGAGUAACUUUAAUUGUGCUUGAGAUGCGUGUUCUGUUUGUGAUCAAUUUGCCAUCUUCCGCUCAUGGAGAAAUAGCUUGUCUUAGUUUAGUUUCAGAUUUACUGCUUAAUCUGGAAGGAGGGGCUCUGCUGAAAUACCUUCAGCACAAACAGAUUUCGUGUUGAGGUGUGUUUCAGCUGAGCGAAAGAAGGGAAAUGUGUGAGAAAGGGGCUUCAAUAUUUUCCUAGCGAGUGUUGUUAGCAAUAAGCCCGUGUUGGGACUGCUCCUUGGGGAGCAGCUACUUCUGUGCUGUGUGUCCACAGGCAGGUGGGAGAAGGGAUCAUUCCCAGCUCUCCGUGGUGAGAGGUGCCCUCCCCGAGCCCAAAUCCCAGCUGGGAAAAGCCAAACGUGCUUCACCCAAGGGCCAGGGCAGAGCUGGACGGGGCUGUCUGAGCAUGCCGGUGUUAAUCUGAAAGAGAUCUCAGCUCCCAGCACCCCAGGUCUCCACCGUGGCCACACCAUGUGCGGGAGGUCUCCACGCCGGGAGAUCCCCAUCCUUGGAGGUCUCCAUGCCAGGAGGUCUCUCUCCAUCCUGGGAGGUCUCUCUCCAUCCCAGGAAUCUCCAUGCCAGGACGUCUCUCUCCAUGCCAAGAGAUCUCCAUUCCAAGAGGUCUCCAUCCUGGGAGGUGUCCCUCCAUGCCAGGAGGUCUGCCUCCCUGGAGAUCUCCCUCUGUCCCUGGAGGUCUCUCCCCAUCCUGGGAGGUGUCUCCCUAUCUCUGGAGGUCUCUCUCCUCUCCUGGAGGUCUCUCCCCAUCCCUUGAGGUUUCUCCCCAUCCCUGGAGAUCUCUCUCUGCCCCUGGAGGUCUCUCCCCAUCCCUUGAGGUCUCUCCCCAUCCCAAGAGGUCUCUCCCCAUCCCUUGAGGUCUCUCUCUAUCCCGGGAAGUCUCUCCCCAUCCCUGGAGAUCUCUCUCUGCCCCUGGAGGACUCUCCCCAUCCCUGGAGGACUCUCCCCAUCCCUGGAGGUCUCUCUCCGUCCCUGGAGGUCUCUCCCCACCCCAGGAGGUCUCUCUCCGUCCCUGGAGGUCUCUCCCCAUCCCUUGAGGUCUCUCCCCAUCCCUGGAGAUCUCUCUCUGCCCCUGGAGUUCUCUCCCCAUUCCUGGAGGUCUUUCCCCACCCCAGGAGGUCUCUCUCCAUCCCAAGAGGUCUCUCGGAGGAGCUGCUCCCCCUGACCCUCUGCUCCGCCGCCGCUCCCGCCCGCCCGCAAACCCCUGAGACAUUUUUGUAGCAAGAAUUUCUUGGCUCUGAGAAAGACACUUCUUACUGUAAUAUUUUUAGUUCGGGGGACAAUAUUUCCUAAGAGGGGUUAAGUGGAUAUUUUUGUGCUUUAGCCCAGUUUAUGGAUUCCAUGUUUAUUAUACAGUAGUACUGAAGAGGAAGUACAUUUGUAUCUGUAACUUUGCACAGACUCUUGGUUAACCAUUAAACAAGCUUCAAGAUGAGCAGUAUUUGACUGUUUUUCUCUGUAUUAUUCUUGUUGUUAUACUUACCUGUAAAAGCACAUUCUGUAUGUACUGUAAACAAAAAUAUUAUCAGUUUAGUAAAAUUUAGAGUCUUAAGGAUUUUUCCACUUUUGUCAGUAACAACUAUUUAUGGAUUAAAAAAUAAAGGCAAUUUCAACAUAUAAAUUGUUUCUUUUUGAUAUCUAUUGGGGGGAAAUAAAAGCCAUUUUCUUGGCAGCCUUCCCAAUCUUUGUAACCAGCGUUUGAAAGGUAGAUACCUGUGAUUCUGUGUGUAGUUAAAUAGCAUCUAUUAAAAUGAAUGCUGCAAGGUC